GCUCUUAAGUUCUCAAGGGACAGGGUGUAGCCGUGUUGCCGGUGCAGUGCCGACUCCGUUCGAAUUUUGACCCAUGGAAAGGUCUGAUGGAAACCGCCCUGGCUCUGGAGGGAGUCGCCCAGGCUCUCGUGGGGCUUUGGGGAUUGCAGGGGCCAGCAUCAGUGUCAAGGAGUCUUUGGAGAUUUUGCAGAAUGCUUCUAAAUCAAGUGAGAAAGCACUUGAAGUUCAGAAAGAAGCCAGAGCUGCAGUGGCAAGUAUGAAAGAAGCCUCUGCCAAAUUUGAACAAACCGUGGCUGAAGCGGAAAAAACAUGUCAAAAAGGGAGCAGUUUGGAUGAAAAAUGGGAAGAAUUCAAAGCAAAAUUUGAAGCUCUGAACCGCAUGGCGGUGGAAAAGAUUAUGGGUCUAGGAGGUGGUUCCUCUUCAGAUCUCCGUCCAGCAGACCGUAUUUCGGUGGCACGUGUAGCACAAGUUCUGAGGCGAUCUCAGAAUUUGGUGGUGCUUACCGGUGCUGGAAUCAGUGCAGAAAGUGGCAUCCCCACCUUUCGAGGAGCCGAUGGCUUUUGGACGGUGGGCUCCAAACAUUACCAGCCGCAGGAGCUGGCUACCUGGGAGAAGUACAAUGAAAUGCCUGCUGAGUUAUGGAGGUGGUAUCAGUACAGAUGGGGCAUUUGCCGCAAGGCCAAACCGAAUCCAGGUCAUACCUCUGUGGUGGAGCUUCAGAGACUUGCUGAAGGAGAUUUCAUGUUGGUCACCCAAAACGUGGAUGGAUUGCAUUUGCAAGCUGGCACAGAUCGCAGCAAACUUUGCGAGAUUCAUGGCCGGAUCGAUGAAAUGCGAUGUGAUGAGAGGAUCGAGGGGUCAUGUUUGUACAAGCUUGAUCUCAACAACAUUGCCAAUUUGGAUCGUGCUCGGGCAACAGUGAUGCCGACACCUGAGCCAGCCAAGGACGAGAAGGAGGAGUGCCUGCCUCUUUGUCCGAAAUGUGGGGUCCGACAGAGGCCCAAAAUCUUGUGGUUUGAUGAAACUUACAACGAAGCAUUCUUCAAGUGGAACACAGUCAUGGAGAAGAUGGAGCGUUGCGAUGUUUUGUUGAUAGUUGGCACUCAGUUAACAACUGGAGGGCCUCGAUCAAUGGUGCGUGCAGCCCAGAAAGCAGGUGCCAUCAUCAUCAGAGUAGACCCAGAGGUUGAUUUGAAGGAUGACUCAACAGCAGGCAUGCUCCAUUUGCAAGGGAAAAGUGGUGAAGUUCUGCCAGAUUUGGUGAAGGAGGUGGCAAGACUCCGCAAGGAGCCAUUGAUGCCACGCCUUGCCGCGAUGGCUGACCUUCCGCCGAUUCCAGAAGCGCCUUCUGCCCCAGCGGCCGCAUCUGCGGCGCCCUCUGCGCCGUCGCUGUCUCGCACUGCAACGCGUGGCACAUCUACACCCGCCGCGGCGAGGAAAUCAAUGGCACCAAGAGCACCAAGCCCUGCCACUAGAGCUCCCAGCCCCGGCAUGAAGACUCCAUCCCGGCCAGCUGCAAGUGCUAGCUCGAGCAGUUCAGCAUCUCCGCCAGCCCGGGCUCCUUCACGACGGAAAGGGCGGGCAGCCUCUGACCGAGGGCAGAUCCCCACAGGUUUCUUUGUGUAUGGGACUCUGCGCCCUGAUGACGAUUCAAAGGCUUCAUGGACCAAGUCAUUCAAUGAAGGUCUGGAAGCAGAAGUUGCCUAUUUGCCAGGUGCUUCCUUGUACAUUGAUGGCCGCUACCCUGCAGUUUGUUUUGAGCAAACCAGUUGCUCAGUCAGGGGAAUGCUGCUGAAGCCGGCGGCAGGAGGAAGUGGUGCUGGUUUGCUUGCUUCAAAGCUCACCGAGGCUGACCAAAUCGAAGGCUACCCGGAUUUGUACAGCAGAACAGUUGCGACUGUAUUGACUGAUCGUGGGGUGACCUGCCCCGCCUAUGUCUACCACCGAACAGGGAAAUUUGACCGCACCAGCUGCCAACGCAUUGCUGAUGGAGACUGGCUUUCCCGUGUGAGGUCUGGCCCUGCACUUCUUCCUUAGGAAAAGUGCAGUGUUUGAAGACAUUUGCUUCACAACGGCACUAUGUAAAAAGAUACUUCAGUGGUCAUGGCUCCUGCUUUCGCAAUUUUGGUGCCGCGCCUCGCUAUGCUAUGCACCUGGGGCCACUUCAUACCGAGACCAAAAUUUGCCACCUUCUCGCAGCUUGAGCUUGUACAGAAGUUCGUAUCCUAUGCUAGCAAGGAUGUGCCGAGACUGGCAGCUGCAUGCAAAAGGGA